AUGGCCACUACUCUCUCUGAGGCCUAUAGAGACUACCCUCUCCACCUCCAUCAUAUUAUCCCCUUAGACUUUUCUUCAAUAAAGACCUUACCUGAUUCCCAUGCAUGGCCUCAAUCUGAAGAUUAUGAUAAUGAUGGACCUGAAUCAUGCAUACCCAUCAUUGACCUCAUGGAUCCUAAUGCCAUGAAACUAAUAGGCCUUGCUUGUGAGAAAUGGGGUGCUUUCCAAUUGAAUAACCAUGGCAUAAACUUGAGUGUUAUUGAAGAGGUUGAAGAAGAGGCAAAGAGGCUCUUUGCUCUCCCCGCCGACCGGAAAUUGAAGGCCCUAAGAUCUGCCGCUGGCGCCACCGGAUACGGCCGAGCUCGGAUAUCUCCAUUUUUCCCCAAGCACAUGUGGCAUGAGGGGUUUACCAUCAUGGGUUCUCCAUGUGAUGAUGCCAAAAAAAUUUGGCCUAAUGACUAUGCACGGUUUUGUGGAAUAAUGGAGAAUUACCAAAAGCAAAUGAAGGCACUAGCUGAGAAGCUAACACACAUGAUAUUCAACUCAUUGGAAAUUUCUGAGGAACAAAAGAGGUGGGUUGGUUCAACCAACCUAUGUGAAGCUGUUCAACUAAAUUUCUACCCAUGUUGUCCAGAGCCUGACCGAGCCAUGGGUCUAGCCCCUCACACGGACACAUCGUUUCUCACAAUCCUCCACCAAAGCCAAACCAAUGGCCUCCAAAUCUUCAAGGAAGGUGCAGGAUGGGUUCCGGUGCACCCUCACCCUAACACCCUUGUUGUGAACACUGGUGACAUUCUUCAUAUUUUGUCCAAUUCAAGGUUCCGUUGUGCUCUACAUCGUGUCACAGUUAAUAGUACUAAGCAUAGAUACUCAAUGGCUUAUUUUUAUAGCCCCCCAUUAGAUUAUGUAGUGUCUCCUUUGGUCGUUAAUUCCAUACCCCAUUUUCGGACUUUGACUGUGAAGGAGUAUAUUGGCAUUAAAGCCAAGAAUCUUGGGGGAGCAUUGUCUUUGAUUAGUAUGCUUAAAAGCUAA